AUGUCUGAACUCACCUUCAUCAAAUCCUUCCUCUCCUCGCUGGACUCCCGUCCGAUCAAACUCCCCGCCGACUAUGUCUUCGACCCCGAGCGAGUCGGACUCAAGGUCCCUUACCUCCUUCCCCGCCUCUCAGCCCCUCGUCCGGAAAUGCCCAAGAAAGUGAAAUCCACCGCGGCUCCGGGCUCUUCGAAAUCGAUAAGCGUACACCUCAAAUCCGCCCGAAACCCGGCGCUCGAAUUUACGAUCUCGAACACCCCGAUCUCCGCGACUUCCGUAUCGGACCUGAAAGACGCUGUGCGCGAGCGGGUCGUCGACACCCAGAACGAGAAAGUCGGGCUCGACAAGAUCAAGAUCCUAUACAAGCGCAAACCGGUAUCGGGCAAGACGAUUGCGGAGCUGCUCGAAGAUGAGCCGGAGUUGCUGGCGGGUGGCAAGACGGUCGAGUUCGGGGUGAUGAUCAUGGGAGGUGCGAAGGCUGUUGAGGAGGCCGGGAAUAAUAAUGCGACUUCGUCUUCGUCUCCGAAGCCGGCGAUUGGGCCCAGCGGAAAGACUUUGGUGGAGACGGAUGCGUUCUGGAGUGAUUUGGAAGGGUACCUGGAGCAGAGGUUGAAGGAUGUCGAUGAGGCGCAGAAGUUGACGACGUUGUUCAAGGGGGCUUGGACGGCGAGUCGAUCGUAA